AUGACUUCGCUUCAUCGCGCAGCAGAGAAGGGCCGGGUGGCAGCGCUGCAGGCAUUGCUGAAGCGCGGGGCCGACAAAGACGCCGCCGAUGGGCAGGGCCGGACGCCGCUCCAUUAUGCCGCGAUGAAGGGCCAGGCGGCAGCGCUGCGGGUGCUGCUGGACAGCGGCGCCGACAAGGAGGCUGCCGGCCGGGACGGCUGGAGGCCACUUCAUUGGGCGGCGAUGAAGGGCCAGGUGGGAGUGCUGACCACGCUGCUGAAGCGCGGCGCUGACAAGGAGGCGGCAGACCACAACGGCCAGAGGCCGCUCCAUCUCGCUGUGAUGAGCGGUCAGGUGGCAGCGCUGCGGGCGCUGCUGCGGCGCGGCGCCGACAAGGAGGCCGCCGAUGGGUCCAGCGCGAGGCCGAUCCACUAUGCCGCCUUGAAGGGCUGGGUGGCAGCGCUGCAGGCGCUGCUGGAUGGCGGCGCCGACAAAGAUGCCGUCGACGAGGAGAGUGGCUACACGCCGCUCCACUUCGCGGCGGCAAACGGCCAUGUGGCAGCGCUGCAGCUUCUGUUGGACAGCGGCGCUGACAAGGAGGCGGUCGACGCCUCUGGCGGAACACCGCUUCAUCACGCCACGCUAAAGGGUCAGGUGGCAGCGCUGCAGGUUCUGUUGGACAGGGGCGCUGACAAGGAGGCUGCCGGUGGGUCCGGCCGGAGGGCGCUUCAUUACGCCGCGCUGAAUGGUGACGUGGCAGUGCUGCGGGCGCUGCUCGAGCGCAGCGCCGAUAAGGAGGCUGCCGAUGAGGCUGGCUUAACGCCGCUGCAUUACGCUGCGGUGGAAGGCCAGGUGGCGGCGCUGCAGGUCCUGUUGGAGAGCGGCGCUGACAAGCAGGCGGUCGACGGGUCUGGCGCAACGCCACUUCAUUACGCCGUGGUCAAGGGCCAGGUGGCGACGCUGCGGGUGCUGCUGGAGGGGGGAUGCCGGGCCACAGUGGCCGCGGACGGUGGCAAGGCGGUGCGCAUCGCGCUCAGAGAAGGCCAGCACGCGGCGGCGGAGCUGCUGAUAGCAGAGGGCGCGGCCGCGGCCACCGGCAGCGCCGAGCAGUGGGCCGCCUUCGCGCAGUGGCAGCGGGGCCGGGUGGCGCAGCUGGUCGCGGAGAGGGAGGCGGCGGAGGCGGCGCGGGAGGCGGAGCGCGCGGAGCUGCGGGCCCUGUUCGUGGCCAUCGCCGCCGAGGCGCGCCGCCAGGCGGGGGCCGGCCGGCCCGCGAAGCGGCGGCGGUGCGCGGCGGCGCCGUAG